AUGACUGAUCUCGGCCCGCUAUCUUACUUCCUUGGGAUUGCUGUCACACACACCAAGAGCACCAUGUUCUUAUUUCAACGCAAAUACGUUGAAGAAAUCCUCAAACGUGCCAACAUGGAAGCAUGCAAACUGGUCACCACUCCCGUUGACACUAAUUCCAAACUCAGUCUUCAUGACGGUGAUCUUGUGGCUGAUCCAUCUCUAUAUCGGAGUCUUGCAGGAGCUCUCCAAUACCUUACAUUCACAAGUCCAGACAUAGCAUACGCCGUGCAACAGAUCUGCCUCUUUAUGCACGCUCCAAAAAUCAGUCACUUUAAUGCUUUAAAACGGAUUAUACGGUACAUCAAAGGCACCCUAGAUCAUGGUCUUACGUUAUUAUCCUCACCAUCCACUCAGCUAGUGUCCUAUACUAAUGUUGAUUGGGGUGGUUGCCCGGACACCCACCGCUCUACAUCCAGAUAUUGCGUUUUUCUAGGUGACAAUCUCAUCACAUGGUCUGCCAAGUGUCAAGCCACUCUUUCAAGGUCCAGUGUUGAAGCCGAAUACUGUGGUGUUGCAAAUGUAGUUGCUGAAGCCUGUUGGCUUCGCAACCUUCUUCUCAAGUUACAUGCACCCACGAAAUGUGCCACGAUCGUCUAUUGUGACAAUGUCUCUGCUGUCUAUUUAUCCAGUAAUUAUGUGCAACACCAACGUACCAAACACAUUGAAAUGGAUAUACACUUUAUCUGUGAAAAGGUCGCUAUUGGUCAAAUACGAGUUCGUAAUAUUCCAUCUACUUAUCAAUAUGCUGACAUAUUCAUUAAAGGCCUUCCGCGACAGCUAUUUCUUGAUUUUAGAGACAGUCUCAGCAUACGUCUUCCUCCCGCUAAGACUGAGGGGGGCUCUUAG